AUGACCGGCCUCGCCAACGGCCUCCCCACCACCUGCACCCUCACUGCCCGCGCCUCCAACCCCAACGGCGGCUUCCUGACUCCCUACGUCACCUCCAAGCCCUCCGCCUCCACCCCGGCCUUUACCCCCGGCGUCGCUCGCACCAUCACCGGCUCCGUGGUCGUUCCCGCCGACUCCACCGAGGCCACCGUGAAGAAGGUCGAGGCCGGCAAGUACACCUGCACCCUCACCACUAUCUCCACUGCCAACGACAUUGCCCAGACCAGCCUGAACGUCGAGGUCCCCGCCGCCCCCAUCGAGCUCGUGCCGGCGACCAUCAUCGGCACCAACGCCUCCUACGACUCCAUCACCGUCUUCUUCAACGGCCAGCCCGAGGGAGUGCGCAGCUUCAACCUGCUGUGCCUGCCCAAGGGCACCGAGACACCCGCCUUCAACAACCAGGCUGACGGCUCCGUGGUCGUCCCCGCCGGGUCCAGCGAGGCCACCGUGAAGGACCUGGAGGCCGGCGUCUACACCUGCACCGUCACCGUCAUCUCCACCGACAGCCAGAUCGCGCAGCAGAGCACCGACGUGACGGUCCCGCGCCGCCCCGUGGCCGUGGCCGCGCCCGAGAUCACCGCCGUGGAUGCCACCUCCGACUCCGUCACCGUGCGCUUCUCCGGCGCCAAGGCCGACGUGGCCAACCACAACCUGGCCUGCGCGUCCGUGGAGGCGGUGGCCGCCUUCUCCGCCUCGCCCUUCAACAACCUGGCCCCCGGCUCCGUAGUGGUCCCCGCUGACGCCACCGAGGCCACCGUCACCGGCCUGGCCCCUGGCACCUACAACUGCACCCUCACCUCCAUCUCCACCGACGACCUCAUCUCCCAGUCCAGCACCGAGGCGGUGGUCAAGCCCGCGCCCCCCACCCCCGCCAGCAUCACCGGCAGCGAGGCCACCUACGACGCCGCCACGAUCUUCCUGGCCUCCGCGGGCGAGGGCGUGAAGGAGAACCGCGUGUCCUGCACCACCAAGGCCGGCCCGCCCUCCGCCACCGUCACUGUGGAGCCCAGCGUGGGCAGCGUGGAGAUCAAGGACCUGGCCGCGGGCGACUACAACUGCACCGUCACCACCGUGGGCGUCAAUGGGCUCACCUCCGCCUCCUCCACCACCCUGACCAUCAGCCCCAGGCCCGAGCCGCCUGCGGCGCCCUCCAUCAUUGGCGCUGCAGCCACGCCCGAGGGCGAGAUCACCGUCUACUUCACCGGCCCCGCCAAGGGCGCCUCUGGCUUCUCCCUGGACUGCAGCCCCGAGGAGGCCGCGGACAAAGACCCCCUGGCCGUCAAGCUGAGCGCCAGCGCAGGCAACGGCACGCUCACCGGCGCCACCCCCGGCCCCUACAACUGCUCCGUCACCACGCUCGGCGCCGUCAGCGGCGGCGGCUCAGCCUCCGUCCGCGUCACCGUGCCCGAGGCCGAGCCUGAGGCGGCGCUCACCCCCGCCGGCAAGAAGGCCAACCCAGUCAAGGACGGCGCAAAGGCCGCCGCGGCACCCGCAGCCGAGGCGCCUGCCUCCGGCGCGGCCGCCACCUCGGCCGCGCUUGCCGCGGCCACCACCGCCCUUGCUGCGGUGCUCCUGCUCGUGGUGUGA